AUGAUUUUCACAGUACUGCAGACUGGAGGUUUUGUGUCAGGCCUCAUUGGUAUGGCUGGAGUUUUUGCUGCCACAUUUAUGGAAAACUGGUGUGCCAAAGAUUGGCAAGGAGACAUGGUAAAUUCUGUGUACACUUAUAGGGGGCUGUGGCAUAACUGUGAGGUGUCCACCACUGGAUUCACAGAGUGCCAAUCGCUCUCUGACCUUCUAGGCUACUCAGGAUCGUUUAAAGCUGUAAGAGCACUCAUGAUAGCGGCUAUUGUCAUGAGUGUUAUUGCAGUUUUGAUCGGACUGUUCUCUCUUAAGAUCCUUAAAAUGAGAUGUAUGGUGGAAUCGACCAAGGCCAAAAUGACGCUAAGUGCAGGAAUUAUAUUUAUCAUUGCUGCCCUUUGUGGCAUUUCUGGAGCAUCAGUGUAUGCUAAUCAAAUAGAGGCUAGUUUCACUUACAAUCAAAAUCAAGGAAAAAAGGGAUGCAAGUGCCAGUGUGGGGACGGAAUGGCCAUGCAGGGCGGAAAGGAUAUGCUUGCUCCCAGGUACACAUUUGGGCCUGCCCUCUUUGUAGCCUGGGUAGGAGGAGCUUUGUUACUUCUGGGAGGAAUUUUAAAGUGCAUUGCAGUCAAGGGAAUCCAAAAUGACAACGAUAUAGGACAGAGACAUGUUUAUGAAGCCCCAGCCCACUGCAGGGAAGCUGAUGAAGAAUGCCAUCUUGAGAGAAUUGAUAGAGACCAAAAAUGUUAAUCAAGGAAGACUGUCUCCUUGGGUGCUGAACAAAUUUGGAUAACUGUGUGACACUACAUGGCUUCAACCUUUCUUCGUGUUCACUGAUUCCUUACCCUUGAACGAGUAUGCAACCUUACACCCUUAAAUGCAUAUGUGGAUGGGAAAAGACCCAGGUGAAAUCUAGAUGUUUAUUAUUUAUAAAACUACUUAUUUUUUAUAAACUGUAAUGACAAUUGUAUUUAUAAGUUACAUUUUAAAUGGCUGAUAUACAUUUUAUUAAAUUAGAGUUCCAUAAACAUUCAAAAUGAAGUUAGACUUUUGGGGGUGCAGUGUAAAAAAAAAAAGGCUGUAUAAAAGAUAUAUGGGCAAUUUCCAUGUUUGGUGGCAAAAUGUGAAAUGACUCAAUAACUCUACCCACACAAACACUAUCUUUGCAUAUAUACAUGCAUGCAUAUAUAUAUACUAUACAGUAUAUAAAUAUACACCUAAAUGUUUCGUUAUAUAUGAUUAUUAUAUAUAUGUGUGUGUGUGUUUGUGUGUGUGAGUGUGUGUAUGUGUGUGUGUGUGUGUGUGUAUAUACACACACAUAUAUAUAAUAAUCAUAUAUAAUGAAAUAUUUAGUUAGAAUCUUGAAAAAGACAACUUUAUGUACUCUAUUUUGCUCCAGUAUAUUACCCAUAUUGCAAUAUUACUCUAUGUACAUAGCUAUAUUUGUUGUUAGGAGUGGUGAGGCGUACUGAAUAAAGAAAACGUAAUUAUUAUGUUCAAAUGCAUUAUGAAGUGGUCCUGGAGCAAUGACCAUUGUGCCCUUACCAUGAACUAGGCAUCUAACCUUAGGUUUCUUUGUGGGGACUGUCCCUGUAUUGAGUCAUGCACUUUAGAUAAAAGCAACGGCAGAAUGACAACUUGCUAUACUUGCAUACGUCUCAAAAAC